AUGUCAACUUGAAGCUUGCAGACCUCCUCCAGACUGAGCAUGCUGAGCUGGGGUGCGCUUCCCAAAGCGAACUAUGGUCGUAAGUUCCGUCGUUACCAAUAGAGUUCAAUGGGACUUACGACCAUAGUUCACCAACGAUGCUUUCGGGAAACGCAACCCUGUAUGGUGCUCAUCUGGUUAAUGUUGGAAGCUGUGGGCUUCACACCCUCCACAAUGCACUGAAGGCUGGCUUUACCAUGUGGCAGAUGGACAAGCUCCUUCGAGCACUCUACUACCUCUUUCAUAAUGUUCCAGCUAGGAGGGAAGAUUUUACUGCCUUGACUGGGUCCUACACCUUUCCGCUACCAUUCUGUGGCCACAGGUGGAUUGAAAAUGUCCCCGUGGCAGAGAGGGCAGUUCAAGUGUGGCCAAUGGUCAUGAUGUACGUAGAUGCCGUUAAGCAGAAGAAGCUUCCAAACCCCAGUACUGCCUCUUACGACACCAUUGAGGCAGCACAAGCGGAUCCCCUCAUGAUUGCCAAGCUCCAGUUCUUCCUGGCAAUAUCCAGGACCUUUAGCCUCUUCCUGACCAACUAUCAAACUGAUGAGCCAGUUCUGCCCUUCUUUGCCAAAGAUUUAAGUGAGCUGCUGAAGAGUCUCCUGCGGCGGUUUGUAAAGCAAGAGUUCCUGCAAGAUGCCACUUCCCUGAGGCUGACCAAAAUUUACGUUGCUGAUGAAGUGAAUAGGGUAUCCUACAAGAAUGUUGACAUAGGACUGGGUGCUGAAUCUGCCAUCAAGGUGAUGUAAUCAUACAACAGUUCCAGAGCUUUCUCUCUCUUGAGGCGAGAGAUGAGAGAUUCUCCUCCUUCCAGCCACUGAAGGAGCAACUUGAUGUCUUCCUGCAUUCAGCCCUCAGCAAGUCUUAUCCAGGGCUAUAUAAGUUUUCUCAGAGCCUUCUACUUCUGUCCCACGGACAAGCCAUGGUGGAAAGAGGGUUUUCCAUCAACAAGGAGGUUGAAACAUGCAACAUCCUCGAAAAGUCGAUGGAAGCUUUGAGGCUGAUAUGUGACAAGAUCAGUGUCUGUGGGGGUGUUUUGAAGGUACCUCUCACAAAGGAGCUCAUGGCUUCAGUAGCCUGUGCAAGGUCAAGGUACAGGAGUUACCUGGAAGAUGAACGGAAGAAGAAACAGAGUUCCACACAGGACCUCAAAAGAAAAGCAGUGCAAGAGGAGAUAGAAGACCUGAAACGGAAACGAACGGUUCUGACAGAGGUGUGCGACUCCCUCCAAACAGAUGCUGAUAAGUUAGCCGAGCAGGCAGAGGGGAAAUCUGGGACAUUAAUGGCACAACUGAUCACGAAGUCCAACAUCCUCAGAAAACGUAGUAAAGAAAAACAGAACGAAUUGGCCCAAACUGAGAAGCUGCUGGGAACAAAAUCAGAAGAACUGAGGCACAUGUCAGCAUGAAUGUUGUUGAGGGUGGAGCAAAGUUUUGUUUUGUUUUUUAAUAAAUUUUGCUUUGAUUUACUAUCCCAGCCUAUUUGAUUUUUUGUAUCAGAGU